AUGCGAAGAUUUUUCCAAAUAUCAGCAUCCGCCAUGUCCAAAGGAAAGAGCAAAAAGUCAGCAGCAGCACCAACAACACAAACAUCUGUUCCAAAUGAUGAUCCCAUACAGACGGACAAAAAUGGCAAUAUAUGCAUACGGAUUUUGGCAAAACCGGGAGCUAAAAACAACGGUAUAACCGACAUCUCAACCGAAGGAGUUGGAGUCCAAAUAGCAGCACCACCCAGUGAAGGAGAAGCAAAUGCUGAAUUAGUGAAAUACCUCUCGAAAGUGUUGCAGUUAAGAAAAAGCGACGUAUCUCUGGAUAAAGGUUCACGAUCCCGCAACAAAAUUGUUAUGGUUAGUAAAGGUGUAACGACAAUGGAAGCUAUUAAAGAACUGAUUCAAAAAGAAAUUGACUCAUAA